AUGCUCGCGCAAGGAGCGGCGCGCUACGUCACGGUGGUGCUGCAAGCUGCCCAAGUCCCUGGAAGUGAGAGGCUACCUAUCAAAUCCACAGAGACCGUAUUGACAGCAUGGAUGGGGGCGUGGACCAUAUUGCCGCCUGUGCCUGUGGAACCAACAACGCUGGCAUUGGCUGCGACGUGGUGUGGGCGACGUGGUUUAGUCGAUGCAGCAUUGGCCUUUCUUCACGCCACAUGUACAUCAGAGGCAGAUGAAGUGACUCGGACCCAUGCUGUAUGCGGUGCGAUACAAGCCCUUGUCCGUGCAGCACGGCCUAACGAGGGCUUGGCCCUGGCGCAGCAUGUGACUGGUUUGGAUUGGGGUGUGGCACCAUCGACCAAUCUAGGCAUGGAAGCCUUGCCACGUCACUAUGUGCCCCUGACCGGCCUUCUUACAGCAACGCUACUCGAUUGUGCGAACGCUCUCUAUUCUGUUGGCCUAGCCCGACGUGUGCUGGAGCAGGCCUUUAUGCACAACAUUCGUUUUAAUGGCUAUCUUUGCCGGGCUUUGGCACGUAUGAUUAUGCACAGCAUUGAGCCUCAUCGUGAGGAAAUGAGCCAACUAUGCCGGGCUUUGGCACGCCCUAUUCGAUGGGCGGGUGCUCCUAUAGCAAGGAGGUCCUCGAUGACGCGAUGGCUCAAAUUGAAAAAGGCGCUGGUGCAGCUCGGAUUUGAGGAUAGGGUCCGAGUGGCCUGCCUCCAAAGUGAACGUCGAAAGCGUGUAUCAGGUCGUCGUUCCCGUACUGCGGGCCCCUCAGGCCGUGUGGAAACGGUACUUCAUGGCUGGUCAGGGUUCGGAUACAGUUCGGUCUCGAGCGCCUCCUUUGCAGAGCGCCUACGACUGCACGCAGCACUGCGUAUAUCCAAUCAAGCUCGAAAAGUGUUCCGUAUCAUGUUGAAAAACGGACUUACACCGCAUAAUUUGCAUGUGGAAUUAAUGCUGCGGGCAUUGUGUGCUAGAUAUCGUAAGCGCGGUAUACGUGAGGCAUCGUGGCUUGUUCGUGAAGCCUUACCUGCCUGGCAUAUUACCCCUACCGUUCCGAUGUACACAGUAUUGGUCCGUGCCUUUGCGCGUACAGGGAACUGGCGCGCUGCUACUCGCGAGUUACAGGAUAUGCAAAAACAUGGUCUCACCCCUGACACAAACUUACUGGACACGGUAUCAGCGCGUGCAGCAGCAGUGGUUCAUAAGCGCGGCAUGAACAUGAAAUUGUUGUCCACGACGCAUGAUUCCAUCGAUGUGACCAAUCUUGGAAGUGUAGCACAACAUUUCCAACUGCUCAUGCGACAGCAUGCGUACCUGGAAGCACAAAAGUUUUAUGCGCAAUGCUUGGAACAAGGGAUGAUCCCAGAUUAUGCGCUACGUCGUCGACUCAAACGGUCUGGCCAUUGGCUACGUACUCGAGUCCAUGACAAUAAAGCGGAACGACAGGCAGCGUUAGCGUUGCAUGCAGCCAACACGCAAGCAUCAAGCCACAUCCAGCAAACGGAGAUGCGCGCGCGAAUUCAGCAACGACGUCAGUUCCGGCAUGAACUUAUUACCCUGACGCAUGAUCUUCUUUCAGGUCGUAUGGAAUACCACGUCCGACAAGUGCGUUGA